UGACCCGGUACGUACCGAGUACACUACGACCAACUCAAGAUUCGGCCGGCGUCGGCCUCCAGAACCUCUCGAGAUCCUCUCCCAGAUCCUCUCCCAAGUCUUGCUCCUCUUUUCGAGCCAACUCCCGACAUAGUCUCCUUCAUUCUUCUCACGACAAGGCCCGGGCUCAUAACUUCUCGUUCGUCCUAGUUCAACUAAGGUACUCAACUCAACACGAACAUGGCCUCCCGCAAUGCCCAGUCGACCGUCGCCGAGCUAUCCCUGGUCCAUCUGCGCAACUGUCUCGUCAACCUCCCCAACUCCCUGGUCUCCCUCCUAGCCAAUGUCAAUGCACCCGCCCAAAAUGUCGUCGUCCAACUCUCCUACCGAAGCCCGACAUCUACAUCUACCGGACCCGCGGGAUCACAGCAGUCUGUCUUUGUAGGAUGGACCGGUAUGCCGAGUAAGCGCAAGCUUGCGCCCAUUGUCGGCCGAGACGGCAUCAGCAGUAUGCGUGGCCCUGCUUCGGGGCGUGAUCAAGAGGUGGCCCUCGUCGAGAUGGACGCCACCCUCGCCAACACCCUAGGCCUCUCGGAUGGCCAGAAAGUUACCGCCUCCAUACAUGUCGAUCCGCCGUUGGUACACACCAUCAACCUUGAACCAUUGACGCCGGAAGACUGGGAGAUCAUCGAGCUCCACGCCACCUUCCUUGAGCUCAAUCUCCUCUCGCAAAUCCGUGCCCUCCCGAAUCCGUCCUACACCUCCCCCUCAGGCGCCCUCGUCCCUCCUCACCCCUUGACCUUGCAUCUCUCCCCGACCUCGACCGCCAAGAUCAAGGCGGUGUCCCUAGACCCUCCGCCACCCGCCGAUAUCCCCUUUGCCAAGAUCUCUCCCGAUGCCGAGGUCAUCGUCGCCCCCAAGACCAGGCCGAAAACCACCACGCGCUCCGUCUCCGAUAGCCGUAGCGUGGCCAGCACCUCCAAGUCGCGGAGGAGCGGCGGCGGCGGCGGCGGCGGCGGCAGCAGCAGCAACAAUGUCCGCAGGCGAAGCUCCCGAGGCGAGCGUAAGCCCAGGAUCGUCCUCCGCGGCGUCGACCGAGCGGCGUGCAACAACGAUUGGUUCGACCACCACCACCACGAGGACCCGGACCAUGUCGCCGCCCCGCAGGACUUCAGCAUCUGGGUCGACCACGACGUCUUGCUGUCGCGAGGAUUGAAGGGAGUCGACUUUGUUCUGGUCACCGUGCUUCGCAGCUCGAAUGCGCAGGCCAACCCGGCGGCGCAACGUCCCCCGCAGGACGAGCAGCAGCCGACGUCGAAUCCGUCCGGCCCGGCAGCUCAGAUCGUCGCCCAUCUCCGAGCUUGGGAUGACCCUCCUCCGGAUAGCAAACCGGCUGCUUUGUCGUCUCCACUGUGUGCUGCUUUGGGGGUAAGCGGCAUGGUGGGCGGCGUGGUGGAGAUCGAGCCAGCACCCCAACCUCUGGGUCGGGACGCCGUUCAAAAGCUGGCCGUGUUUCCUUUCGCCACGUCCAAGAAGGUGGCGGAGGGCCUGAAAUUCGGCGCCGAAUCCAAAGCCGAGAAAGAGGAGGCGGCCAAGGCGUUUAGGCAUAUAUACGGCUCACAGAAAGCGGCCGCCUCCCUACUUAGUGGUCCCCUGACGGACGGCUCGCUCUUCGGUCUCUACGACGGCCUCGAAAGUCCCCAGGGUUGGGAAGGCGGCGUGGUCCGGUUUUAUCCGCCACCAAGUUCGUCCGACGCGAAGAGUCCUCCCCGGUGGACACUUGGGCCGAGCGACAAGGUCCACAUCGAGUUCCAGCCUCCCAUCCCACGGCCCUCCUGGAUGACGGAGGAUCAAGUCGCCGAGUCUGCUCCGUCGUACCACGGCCUCCUCGUCAGUAUUGAUCAACUCCUACAGGACCUCCAAAGUAAUCUUUCCAACAUCUCCUCGACUCUCCUCACCGGCGCGUCGGGGUCCGGCAAGACGUCGGUGGCCAAGUACGUGGCGCAGAAGCUGCGGCAAGACUCUCUGUUCCACACCGUCUAUUUCUCCUGCAAAACGCUGGUCAACGACGAGAGCAGGAUGGCUUCUAUUCGGAAUACCCUGAACCAGCUCUUCUUGACGGCAAGCUGGGGUGCCAAGUUCGGAGGCAGGUCGCUGGUCAUCCUGGACGACCUCGACACGUCGUGUCCCGUCGAGACGGAGCUGCAGGUGGGAAAUGACAACGGCCGAAGCCGCCAGGUGAGCGAGAUGAUCAGCUCCUUGGCCCGCCAAUACUGCAGCCACGAGAGCGGGGUCGUUUUGCUGGCCACGGCAGAAGGCAAGGAGUCGCUGAACGAGACCGUCGUGGGCGGCUCCAACGUGUUCCGGGAGAUUCUCGAGCUCAAGUCGCCCAACAAGGAAGCCAGGAGGCAAAUACUCGAAGCCAUCGUCCGUGAAGACGCAGCUCCCGCUGCCCCCGAUGAUGCGGUGGACGGUGACGCCGCGUCGUCCUCCCACGAUGCGGGCAGCAGCCGACCUACCACUGCCGACGGCAGCAAUGCGGCGGCCGAAGAGACCGCGUGGAUGGACGGGGGGACUAGUCAGACGAGCCGCGACAACAACAACAACAACAACAACAACAACAACAACAACAACAACAACAACAACAACAACCCCGGAACCAAGGUCAAGGCCAGCCGUUUCGUGCUCGAUUCGGACGUCGACUUCCUGGACAUCGCAGGCUUGACGGACGGCUACAUGCCCAGGGAUCUUGGCGUCGUGGUGGAAAGGGCGCAAAACGAAGCCGUCAUCCGCUCCGUCAGCGCGUCGUCUACCGCCUCGCCUGGUUUUCUCGGCCGCUCCCCCGUCCGUCUCUGCCGAUCCGACUUUGACAACGCGUUGAAGGACUUCACGCCGACGUCGCUUCGUGACGUCUCCCUGCAGAGCUCGACCACCACGUUCAGCUCGAUCGGCGGCCUCCAAGAGACGCGCCAGGUCCUGCUGGAGACUCUCCUCUACCCGACCAAAUACGCACCCAUCUUCGAGAAGUGCCCGCUUCGCCUGCGCUCGGGCCUGUUGCUCUACGGGUAUCCCGGCUGCGGCAAGACGCUCCUCGCCAGCGCGGUGGCGGGCGAGUGCGGGCUCAACUUCAUCAGCGUCAAGGGCCCCGAGAUCCUCAACAAGUACAUCGGCGCCUCGGAGAAGAGCGUGCGCGACCUCUUCGAGCGCGCGUCGGCCGCCAAGCCGUCGGUGCUCUUCUUCGACGAAUUCGACUCCAUCGCCCCGAAGCGAGGCCACGACUCCACCGGCGUGACCGACCGCGUCGUCAACCAGCUCCUGACGCUCAUGGACGGCGCCGAGGGCCUCUCGGGCGUGUACGUGCUCGCCGCCACGUCGCGGCCCGACCUGAUCGACCCGGCCCUCCUCCGACCGGGGCGUCUCGACAAGUCGCUGCUCUGCGACCUGCCUACCCUCGAGGACCGCGUCGAUAUCCUGAAAGCCGUGUCGAGGCAGGUGAAGCUCGGCCCCGAGUUGACGGGGGACGGCGACGAGGCGUGGACGGAGAUUGCGCGGCGGUGCGAGGCGUUUUCGGGCGCUGACUUGCAGGGUCUCAUCUCGAACGCGCAGCUCGAGGCUAUCCACGACGUGCUGCGGGGCGACGCUGACGCUGGCGCUGACGCCGACGCUGGCGCUGGUGUCGACGCCGCCGCGUCUACUAUCAACGGCAAGACCAGGGCGAAAGCCGACGCCUCGGUGCCGAGCUUCAUGCAGUUCCCCUACGAUCCGCAGGCCGAGGAGGGUGGUAGUGCGACGGUGCUGGCGCGGUCGAACCAGCUGGUGGAGAAGGCGGCCAUCGCGGCCAAGAUUGAGAGCAUCAAGCAGGCGCGCAAGCGGGCCAGGCGGGCACAGCAGCCUGGUGGGGCGAAGGGGGCAGGCGCGGCGGCGCUGGAGGAUAAGGAGGUGGUGGUGGGGUGGAAGCAUCUCGUCAAGGCGCUGGCGGGGACCAAGCCGAGCAUCAGCGCCCAGGAACGGAACCGGCUGAAGCGGAUCUAUCAUGAGUUUGUGGUGGGGAGGAGCGGCGAGAUGAGGGACGGGCAGCCUAGCAUGGAGAUUGGGGGGCGUAGUAGCCUGAUGUGAUCACGGUAUCGCGCCGUACUUGUCCGAUUCGCAGGUGUGGAGUGGGUAGAUCAUCACGGGGAGGAUAGAUGCCCUGUUAGAUGCCUCCGCUACGAGUCGUUGUCGUUGUCUUAUAUCUGAGCAUCAG